GUGGGGGGGGUGGGGGCCGCCAUGGCGUGGCCCUGCAUCACCCGCGCUUGCUGCAUCGCUCGUUUUUGGAACCAGCUGGAUAAAGCGGACAUCGCCGUCCCGCUGGUUUUCACCAAAUACUCGGAGGCCACCGAGCAUCCCACCGCCCCCGCUUCCCUCCCGCGCCCCGCCGCUCCCAUCGAUACCCAGCCCGGUGGGGAGGCGGCGGGGGAAGCGGUUCCCGGUCCUCCCCGGCCCGGCCCGGCCCCGCACGUCUCUCCGCCGGCCGAUUCGGUGAUGCGCCACGAUUACAAACCCUGGAAGGUCCAGCGACCGGAGCCCAGCUGCAAACCCAAGAGCGAGUACCAGCCCUCGGAUACACCUUUCGAGAAGGAGACCCAGUACCAGAAGGAUUUCCGAGCUUGGCCCAUCCCCAAGCGGGGUGACCAUCCCUGGAUCCCCAAACCGGGACCUUCCCCCGUCCUCGCCUUGGAGCGCGCUUCCCCGGAGAAACCGGCUCAAGAGAAGCGACGGAAGGUGCUCCUCGGGUCCGAGAAGAAAGAGGAAGACCCCGACGGGGAGGAUGAACAACCCAAAGCGCUGCGGGCCGGGGAGGGGAGAGAGAAGGGCCGCAAGAAGGCGGAGGAGCCGGGGGGAGGCAGGGCGGCCGCCGAUGCUCUCAACAGGCAGAUCAAGGAGGAGGUGGCGGCGGGGGUCAGCUCGUCCUACAGAAACGAGUUCAGACCCUGGGUAGACGUCAAACCUGUGAAAGCUAUAAAAGCGAAGGCCCAGUACAAGCCGCCAGAGGAGAAAAUGACCCAUGAAACCAGUUACAGUGCUCAAUUCAAGGGGGAAACCAGUAAGCCUGCUCCAGCUGAUAACAAAUUCCUGGAGCGCAGAAGGAUACGCACUCUCUACAGCGAACCCUACAAAGAACCGCCAAAGGUGGAAAAGCCUAGCGUAAAGCCUUCCAAACCAAAAAAGACCACAACAAGCCAUAAACCCCUGAAAAAGGCCAAAGACAAGCAGAUUGCAUCUGGCCGGGCUGCCAAGAAAAAGAGCGCCGAGAACUCCAACACAGCAAAGCCAGAGGACAAGGAGAAAAGUAAAGAGAUGAACAAUAAACUGGCUGAGGCAAAAGAGACCCCUGAAAAAAACACUGGUGCUACAGACCAAGAACCGAGUACCUUAGUGCAGGACCAACGCACAUGAAGUUGAACACUUUCUUCUGAGUGGCGGUUGGAGCAAACAUAUAGUCUGCAUGAAAUGUGUAUCGUCUGGCUGGCAUACAAUAAAGCUGAUGAGCAGAGCUGAA